CAAACCGGACUUGACAGCAUCCAAGCUGAACAAUAGUAACAUAAUUAUUUUUACACCAUACAAUACACUCUUUCGCAAACGGCACACUACUUGACGCCCCAGUGACGUCGCAUGAUUGUAAAACAGUGCGAUUCGAUCGAUUUAUUAUAAAAGUGAAAGUCCAAGUGCAACACAAAACUGAUCUGAUUAUGGCAUCGACGCUGACCACUCUGCUGCAAACCUUGCGAAUCGUGCCCAUGACGCACUCUAAGCUCCCAACGCAUGCGGCCGAAGUGGGAAUCAUGCCGGAUAAGGCGAAAGUGAAGCUUACGGAUCAGCAAUUGCCGGAGCUGACGCUGGAGCAGGUGGCUCAUCACGACAGCUACGAUGAUUGCUGGAUAGUGAUAUAUGAUCGGGUCUAUGAUGUCACACAGUUCCUGCACGAUCAUCCGGGAGGUGAGGAUGUGAUCAUGGAUCAUGCAGGUCGCGAUGCCACCAUAGCCUUCCACGGCACAGGACACUCACGUGCUGCCAUCGAGAAAAUGCGUGAGUUCCUCAUCGGUGAACUGCCCACAGAACAGCGGAUAUUCCGCACUGGCCAGAAUCGGGUCCUGUCGUCGGGCAUACCGGAAUGAAGAACGUUGUUGUGAAAUAAUCAUUUGGCUUACUACAUUACCGUCCGCCGUUAUUUGUUGAAACUUCUUAGCUAAUAGGUUACCAAUUAUCUGCUUUAGGAUUAUUCCUAUACUGAAAAACAAAAGUUUUGUACGCAUCAACAAUUAACUUAUUCACCUAUUUAGUGAUAAUCAGAGUGAUAGUCCCGGAAAUGUUCUGGAAUCCAUUCAGUGUAAUCUUUAUGUCAUACACAGUCCAACUAUUUGCAAUCCCUAAUACCUCCAAAGAAUUUGUGUUUGUGAACGCUUCAGAGACUUAGCAAUGCAUUUAUAAUUACUGGCUGAACUUCUUAGUACUUAAUUUAUUUAGAACAAAUAAAAAUCUCCAUUCUAUAUAAUUA